AUGGCCACGUCACUGUCCGACGCCGUGGGCGCCAACCUGCUGAUGCAGCUGAUCCCCAUCCACUGGGACGGGCCGGCCCGCAAGAAAGGCGACUGGCUGCCGCGCUGGGACGACGUGUACCUGAGUCUGGACGGCGUGACGCUGCGCGUGUUCGAGUCUCGCGGCCGCUACCUCGAAGUGCUGGAGCUGGAGCAGCAGCAGCUGCAACUGGACGGCGCUGGGAAAGGCUCGGGCUCUGUGGUGAUCGACAAGAAGCACUGCUACACUGUCACGGCCGUGGAUAAGGAGAAUGUGGGGCGGCCGCACGGCUUCCACGUCAAGACCAAGGAGAAGAGCAAGCCGCUGCACCUUGUAGUGGACAGCGAGCUGGAGCGCGUGCUGUGGAUCCACCUGCUGGGCGCAGUGGUGGACCAGGUGCAGAAUGUGCUGCCCAAGGCGCAGAGGAGGCUGAAGACGGUGGGGUCCAAGAUUGAGGCCUCGCCGAGGAAGACGCUGAUGCUGGCGCCGCUGUCCACACCGAGGAGACCCAGAGUACAGACGCUAACGCUGCUGGGCACACCCGUCAGUGUGGAGCUGAACAUGUUUUACGACGCGUGGGGCUGUAUUCAAGCGAGGAAAGGGAAUUUUGCGCUGCUGAUGCCGAGUUUGCACCCGAACAUUACGUUGACGUCGAACUAUCCGCCGAGUGUCCCUAUUGCGGGCGAGUAUCACGGACUCUCGGGUAUGUUGGCGUUCUUUGCCAAUUUUCAUGGCUCCAUGGAUGUCUCACACUAUGAAGUGGAGCACGUGGCGCGUCGUGGAGAUCUUGCGGUCGUGUCGGGCCGGGAAACGAUACGAAGUGCGGAGAGUGGACGGCGAUUCAGGCAUUUGUGGAAGCACGAGCUGCGGUUUGAAGCUGAUGGACGCAUUAGCCACAUUAAUAUUCUUGCGGACAAGACAGCAGCGGCGGUAGCGUUUGCCAAUGGCGGGGGCAGUGGAGCAGGUCCAGUGACGGGUGAGGCGAAGGGGCCAACGUUGGCCGCGCUGCCUCGAGAGCGUGAACGGCAAGCCAGCACAUGUCCACCAGGCGAGAUUCGUGUGGUGUGUAUAUCGGGCGAGAGUUUCCGAAGACGCAAACCCGCAACAGGUGGAGGCAGUGGAUACAAAGUGAUUAUUGGGCUGAAUGAAUUCCCGCACCUCACGACCAAAGCUCCUGGAACGAAAAACACCAGCAGUACAAGCAGCAGAGAUGUGACGACUAUUAGCACGGAUGGAUUGAACCGUGUCGGUUGCUGGAAGGCCUACUCGACACGAGUAGUAAAAAGUGGCAGCGGUAAAGGACCCUUUUGGGCUGAAACGUUGCACCUGGAGUUCUCCGGCGCUGUUCCAGGCUCAACAGCUACACUAUGCGUCGAUGUGUGGAGCCUUGGUGUCAUCGGUGACGAACUUGUUGGUUGUGCCAAGAUAAACCUGGCAGACUACUUGGGUUCGUCCGAGGGGACUGAAGAGCAGAUUGCAUCUGUGGCUGUACCGAAGUGGUUUGACAUCUACCGAGCUGAGACUUUCGAGAAGGGUGCACGAGGGUGUGACAACGAAAGCUGUGGACGUCUGGAGCUUAGCAUCAGCUUUGCCCCUUACAUGGAGGAGGAUGACUCGAUGGGCGAAGAUGGCGAUGAGAGCAUGGGUGAGGAAGGAGAGCAAUCUGUGAUUUCAGCAGAUGGAAGUACUCCAAUUCAGAGUGGAAGGACGCCAAGGCAUCGCAAGAGUUUCGAUAGGCUACAGGAGCUGCACAAGGAGACGGGCUCAGGUCGACGGGUAUCUGAACGCUAUUCCCACGACGCACUGGGUGGCUUCGAGAUGGUAGAGGCCACAGAUGCUGCCGAAAAGCAGGACAAGAAGUCGUCGGAUGAGGAGGAAGAAAUGUACACGUUCACAGUAGCGUCGACCAAGUUCCGCGUGUACAGACGGUAUCAACUAAUUCGCGCUAUCGGCCACGGCGCGUACGGAGUCGUCAUUGCAGCAAGCGACCAAGUCACAGGGAACUCGGUGGCUAUCAAGAACAUCCCGCGUACCUUCGACGACCUUGUGGAUGCGAAGCGCAUCGUACGUGAGAUCCGGCUCAUGAGGCAUCUGCGUCACCCGCACGUUGUGUCUGUACUGGACGUAAUGCGGCCCCCUUCGCUCGCGAACUUUGAGGAUACGUACAUCGUCACCGACCUCAUGGAAACCGACUUGCACCGAGUUAUCAAUUCACCGGAGGCACUUUCGAGCGACCACAUCGCUUUCAUCACGUACCAGUUGCUGUGCGGGUUGCGAUAUGUGCACUCUGCGCACAUUAUUCACCGCGAUGUGAAACCAUCGAAUGUGCUGAUUAACCGCGAUUGCCUGGUUAAGCUUUGCGAUUUUGGACUGGCACGGGGCAUCGACAUCCGUCCGGUCACACCGAGCAGCAUCGAUGGGAGCAGCACGCCAAGGAGCCAAGACGGGGAAGCUGCAUUGGAUGAGGCCUUGACUGAAUAUGUGGUGACCCGGUGGUAUCGUGCACCCGAGCUUCUGCUGGCAAGUCGAUACUCUACCGCGAUCGAUCUCUGGGCUGUGGGAUGCAUCAUAGCGGAGAUGUUCACCCGCAAGGCAUUGUUCCCCGGUCACGAUCACGUGCAUCAAUUGCAUUUGAUUCUCCAGCUUGUGGGUAGUCCGCCGCCCGACGACAUGGGGUUCGUCACGAAUAUGAAGGCCAAGCGGUGGAUGGCGCGUCAGCAGAAGCAAGAGGCCAAGCCACUGAACAGUGUGUGUCCGAAUGCUCCGACCGAGGCUUUAGAUCUCAUGACGGGGCUGCUGCAGUUCGACCCGCGUAAGCGCAUCACGGUGGACGAGGCCAUCGCACACCCGUUCCUAGCUCCGUGCCGCGCGGACGGCGUUGACAUGGGAUCGGAGCGUCUAGCCACGAGUGCGUUCGACUUCUCGUUCGAACGCGAAAACAAGGGCAACAUGGACAAGAACACGCUGCGCCGGCUUAUUUUCGAGGAUGUCUGCCACUUCCACCCAGAGGCCACAGCCGAGCUCGAGCAGUUCACGCAGGAGCAGGAGCGAUUGAGGCGCUUAGAGGAGGAAAAGCGGAGGAAGGAGGAGGAGGCUCAGGCCAAGAAGAAGGCCGCGAGUCGGACUGGGAAGAGCUGGGCGGUCAGCGUCUAA